AUGAAGUUAUCUCUUCCUGGGCCCCAUGCCUUCCUGCUGAUGAUCAGACUGGAUGCAACAUUCACAAAGGAGAGGAACACAGUGACGUGGAUCCAGGAGACCUUUGGUGAAAAAGCUUCUAAGUACACCAUAGUGCUCUUCACUCAUGGAGAUGUGCUUAAGGGAGAACCAAUAGAAGAUUUUCUGCAGAGAGGUCCUGCUCUCUCAUCUCUGAUUAAAUAUGCUGGGGGUAGAUAUCAUGUCCUCAACAAUAAGAGUGAAGACAGGACUCAGGUCAGAGAGCUACUGGAGAAGAUAAAGGCCAUGGUGCGGAAAAAUGGAGGGGGGUACUAUGAGUGGAUGAGCCCAUGGGAGACAAAGAGGGAGAUCAUGUCAGGAACAGUAAGAGUAGUACUAUCAAUAGUCCUAGCACUUGUCAAGGUAGUAGUAAAAACAUCAGAACAAGUGUUAAAAUAUUCAAUAAAAGAAGCAGAAGCAUGGGCACCAACAGAAAAAGGAAGGCGAAAGGCAGCAGCAAUAUUAGGAGCAACAGCAGGGGCAGUAGUAGGUGCUCUGGUAGGUUCCGUAGAAGGACCAAUAGGAAGAGCAGUAUUAGCAGCAGUAGGAGCAACAGUAGGUGCAGUAGCAGGAGCAGGAGUAAUUGCAAUAACAGUAGGAACAGCAGCAACAAGAAAAGCACUAGUAGGAUUUAUCAUAGGACCAUUAUGUGAUUUACUGAUAGCAGCAGCAGCAGCAACAGGAGCAGGAGCAUCAGUAAUAGCAGCAGCAGGUGCAGGAGCAGGAACAGUAGUAGGUGCAGCUGUAGGCGCACUAGUAGGAGCAGGAGCAGGAAGAGCAGCAAUAGCUGCAGUAAUAGCAGCAGCAGUAGCAGGAGCAGCAGGAGGAGCAGGAAGAGCAGCAAUAGCUGCAGACCAGUAG